GUCACGGCUGCGUGCGGUGGACGGUCCGCUGUGGCCAGUCCCGACCGGCCACAGCGAUCGCUGUGUGCGGUGACGGAAGGGUGACGUAGGGACGCGGUGGGCGGAGCUCCGAGGCUGUGUGCGGUCCGACCGCACACAGGGUCCGUGAACAGCCCUCUGAUUUACUGAAUCCUUGGAGAAGAGAGCGUUUAUGUCUGAGAACGAUAAAAAUCAGAGAGAGGGCGUGGUGGGGCAUGGGAGGUGGAUGUAUAUGCCUGAUGUGAUAUUUAUCUGAAACUCUAUCACUUAGCUGCUGUUUAAUUCUUUCCAAUAAUCCAGCACUUUCUCUGUUAUUGUUUAUCUGCUAGUGUAAGAACCUAGUUCAAACUGUUGCUUUCUACACACCAGCACAUGACCAUGGAGGUCACCUCGCUGGAGGUGCUGGAGGCCCUGAUGACCGAGUUCUUCGCGCCGGGUACCUCCAACUCGCGCAAACACCAGAUCGAGAAGGUACUGGAGGAUUUCGGCCGCCGGCCCGACGCCUGGAAAAACUGUCUGCUAUGCAUCGCAGGCACCUCCAAUCCCUACGUCACGAUGUUUUGUAUGACAUCUCUUGAGAGCGUCAUCAACCGCCGCUGGCUGGGUCUGACUCCGGAGGCGCGCGCCGAGAUCCGCGGCAGCGUGUACGCCCUGUGUCUGGACCGGCGGCCGCUGGCGCCCUACCUGAGGAACAAGGCAGUGAAGCUAGUGGUGGAUAUCGCCCGUCUCAGCUGGCCACAGUUCUACCCCGACUUCUACAGCAAUGUGCUCACGCUGGUUCAGUCGUCGGACAGUACUCUGCUGGGCCUGCAGUUCCUCCUGACAGCCGCCGAGGAGCUGGUGGCGCCCCGGGAGGACCUCAGCUGCGCGCGCCGCACCGAGCUGCGUCAGCUGCUGCUCAGAGAGGUGCCCGCCACGCUGGUGGUGCUGACUGGAAUCCUGCGCUCGGUGCUCGAAUCAAACAAAGCCAACGCCACGGCCACGCCUCCUCCGUCUCCCGAGCAGCCGCGCUCGCAGCGCCGCCCUGGCGGCGGUCCGGCGCAGCUCUUCUCGCCGGCCGCCGACGCCAGCGUUCUGCUCAGCUGUAUGCUGAGCUCGGACGCCGCCGAGAAGAACCCGUUCUGUCUGGUGGCUCCUCUGGACGGAGAGACGACACAGGUGGUGGCGCUGACACUCAAGUGUCUGUGUCAGCUGUUCUCCUGGGUGCCCCUGUCCACGGUGAUGACGCCCGAGCUCAUCACCGCCGUCUUCCACUUCGCCUCCCUCGGCUGUGCCCGGGACGGUGACGAGACAGACCCCGACCUAGACACCUCCUCCUUCUGCCGCGGAGCCGGAGAGCCCCUGGGUGUCAUGGCGCUGCGGUGUGUGAAUGAGAUCAUCAGCAAGAACUGCGUGCCGCCCGACUUUGAGGCGUUUCUGCUGCAGCUGUUCAAGCACACGUUCCACCUGCUGCAGAGACUGCUGGAGGAGGACAGCAAGACGACCAACAAGCUCGCCGAGGUCGACCCCGACUACCUGAGCGGUCUCACAGAGUUCCUGCGUCUGUUCGUUACUCUGCACCUGCACCGGCUGGAGGCGGCGCCCCAGUUUCCCGUGCUGGACCUCCUGGCUCUCCUGUUCCGUUACACUUUCCUGCAGCCCACGCUGGAGACCUAUUACAGCUGUCUGGAGAUAUGGGCCGCGUUCCUGGAUCAUCUGACGGCCAAAUGUCAGCUGAAAACCGAGAAUAGACACGCGGUGGAGGCGAAGUACCACGAGGCCGUGAUGUCCCUGGCGGGCCAGUCUCUCCAUCGUACCCAGUUCCGGCGGCACCGUGCCGAGCUCGAGGGUCUGGAUGACGACAGACAGGACCCGGACGGUGUCACUGAGUGGGGUGAACUGCUCCGGAUGACGGCCGAUAUACUGGAGAGGGUGGCCGCGCUCUAUCCGGGAGAUGUGCGCGCUCUGCUGCUGACCGGCUGGCGUGAGACUCUGGAGCCGUACGUCACGCUGCCCAGCCUCUGUGAGGCGGGGCCGGGCGGCCGGCGGCUCCGUCUGCCCGGCGGCGGCACCGCACACGAACUGGAGGCGCUGCACGGCUCGCUGAGGGACCUGGCGACCCACCAGUAUCUGCUGGGCCGGCUGGCGCCGCUGUUUAGCGAACAGGGACCCGACGCCGGGCCACUGGUACAUGAACUGGUGAGCGCGGCGGCGUUCGGCUCCUCCCAGCUACUACACGAGGUGGAGCUGCCGCCGGGCGCCCUGCGUCCCACCCUGAUCGACGUCCACGCCCAAAGCCUGGCCACACUGCGUCCCUGGUGCCACUGGAUGGUGGCCGCCCAGGCCGGGCGCGUCACCACCGCCGUGCAGGUGGACGCUCUGGUGGCCGAGAUGACGGUGGCCGUGUGUGACGUCAUCCAGAGCCGGUCGCCGGAGCGGCUGGUGCGUGCGGCGGUGACCACUCUGGUUACCAUUACGGGGACGGUUCGGUCGGGGGCGCUGGUCGACUGCCCGCACAUACAGAGACUGUAUGGCAGGGCCGGGCAGAUGCAGCUGCAGAAACAGGACCGCGUGCUGCUAUACCGUGCGCUGGCCAACCUGCUGCUGCUGCCGUGGCUGCGGGCCGGUGACCAGCUGUGGGACCAGCGGCGGCGGCACCUGUCCGUGUUUCUCGACUCGCUGACGGCAGAGUUUCGACGACUGCCGAGGACGCCCGGACUGGCCGAUAGCGCCGAGCUGCAGAACAGAGCCAAGCCGGUGAUCGAGCAGACGCUCUCCACGCUGUCUGAGAUCGUGUCCAACAUCCUGGGAGAGGUGACCAAGACCAAGCAGCUGUGCUACGAGUGUCUCCAGGAGACCAUCCGCGACUCACUCUGGGUGUUUGGAGUGUUCGCCACGCAGUCCGACGUGUGCCAGGAGGUGCUGUCGUUCUUCCUGGCGGCGUUCGAGUCGCUGCGCGCCCAGAUGGGCUCCCAGUUCACGGAACAGUGCGUCCAGGUAUUCCUGGAGGUGUUUGGACGCGAGGACCUCGCCAGAAACAUGCUGGAGGAGGGCUCGGCCGGUUGCGCGGCGCUGGAGAAGUUCCUGCGUCUGCUGCGUCUGAUCGUCAGCGAGCCCUCGGCGGCGUUCCGUCGUCUGCUGCCGGCGGUGCUGGAGCUGGUGCUGGACCGACUGUACCCCCUGCUGGCCCAGCGGCCCGCGCCCGACCUCAAGGUGCCGCUGUUCGAGCUGCUGGCGGCCGUGCUGGAGCACAACUGGAGGCACUUCUUCAGAAGCUCGGUUCUGAAGACGCUCAGUCCCGGCGCCGAGGAGGAGGUGGCCAACGAAAAGCAGUUCCUGGCCAUGCUGGAGGCCAUGGGACAGUCGUUCCUGCAGCCCGACAUCAACGUCUUCAGACUCAACCUGGAGACCCUGCAGAUGCUCAACACAAAGUGGAAACUCUACCACAAGCCGGUAUUUCGGCGCCUUCUUCUGGCCCGUUUUCUGACUGUGCUCAUCCAAACCCUCCUCCACCGCUCGCACGACCUGCUGCGAGACGACAUCGCCUCCACGGUGCACUCGCUCGCCGCCGUCGACCUGCGGGGGUUCUGCGAACACUUUGUGCCGGCCCUGCUGCGCGACACGCCGGGGUUGGAUGAACAGCAGCGAGGGACGCUAGCCGAGCUGCUGGCGGAAGAGGAGGACGUACCGACCUUCUGCGCCGACCUGCAGAGGUUUGUGAGCGACCUGAGGUACUACCGGCUGGUGAAUGAGAGUAUGGUGGGGUAGGGAGAGGGGACAGAGGCGAUAACGUCAGAGGUAGAGAGGAAGAAGGGAAGGGUUGAUAGGUUUUCGAUGAAGGAGAUAUGUCGAGCUGUGAGAUCGAGAUAUUUAUGGGAAAGUACAAGAAAGAACAAUUAGAACCGCCGUGGGACAGAUGUCUCGACCCUGUUAGCCCAGGAAGAACAGAGCAAAGUUUACAAUUUGCGAACGUACCAGACUAGUAUGCCCUAACUGUUACUUCCGAACCAUGACUGAUGCAGGCUCGAUUGUUUCUCACGCUCAAUCGAAUUUUAAGAAGCGUUUUGGUUCUCGCAUUAGUUUUUUGCUUUGCCGGUUCCAACACUAGCCGUAAGGGUUUGUUCUAAAAAGUGCAGGUUGUAUUGUUGCUAGUGAAGCGUGGUAGCUCGUCGGGGCUCACUGCCAGAGCCAAUGACGAAGGCGUGAUCCUAAAGCGCUGGGAAAACAAAACGUGCCAUGACUUACAUGUCGGGAAUACUGUCGCGUAUCUCAAUUAGGACCAGUGAAAGAAGCAACGUUACCAUAGAUUGGUGAUUGUUUUACGGUCCUGUGAGGAGGGAUGGAGUGGAAUAUUGUCCACAAUCUGUCCACACGCUGAAUAAGCUGUCCAGUCUGUCCACACGGUGGAGCUGUCCACUGUUUGUCCACAUGGCCAUGUCUGUCUAUCUGUCUGUGACUUUGGCAGUCCCCAAAGUGUGUUUAUAAUCCCAUACCGUGUCCCUUAUUGGUAACUGUCGGUAACCUGUGAAGCCGUUCAUGCUGCGCCUGGCUCCCGUGAGAUCAGUUGUUCUUUGACCAAAUGUUUUCGCUGAUGGCACCAUAUAUUAGACCCGCACCGCCUCUGAAGUGCUGGGUACGAUCAUUCGUCAGUGUACAGUGUGUUCGUGACUAGUUGCAGAGGCGAGUCGGUCACGGCUGACGAUAUGUGUUUGUUUUGGGUGCUUCGAGCUAAAGAUAGACUGUUUGUGCAUACCCGCAGCCAUUCCUUUCUCAUUUAUUUUUCAUUAAUAACUAUGUCCCCCGUCUUUGAGACGACGUAGGUCAGGAGUUUCAGCAAUCUUUUUUCCCUAUUUUGCAUCAGCCUGUAAAAAAAUAUUGCUUAGAAAUUUUAGAUUAAGUUAUCCAACUUUCUAUCCCUUCUUUGCCACUCAAGUUUUCAACGGGAUUAUGACCUUAUCAGAACCCGUCGGUUCAUAUGCGCGUUCUGAAGUGCGACACUAUCUGUUCGUCCCGAUUACGCAACACCUGAGUAACUCUGGUAUCCACCAGAGCGUGGUCUGUCAGGAGCGUGAAUCCAGCUUGUUUAUAUAAGUGGGCGAACCAGCUUCAUUUCUGUCUGUGUGUACAUAGACUACGCGAGCUUUUAGUUAUGAGUGGAGUAUGUGUCGUGUCCGUGCCAAGGGCCCAAUGUUGUGUUCCUGAGUUUAUCGUGUGAAACGCGAGGGGCGUAUUGGAUAAGACUGUGGACCAUGACCUAAUGGGACCAGAGCGGUCUCAUUUAUUGAACUGUACAGAUGUGAUGGUUAAAUAUGCGUCGAAAUUCAAACCACGGUUAAGAGUGAUGAUUCGAUUGUUUGGUGAUUUUAAAAUAGCUAUACGUUGUCCGAGACUGAUUGUGUGCGCGUGUUUUGUAGUUUGUACCGCACAAUAUUUUUCCCUAUCGAUUGUGUAAAAAGCGUUUUGCGUGCUUUUUCGACCAAGUCGUCAGUCAAUUUCGUAGUUUCGUAAGUAAUGUUUGAAAGACGUCUAUUUUUGCGAGCGUGUACAUAAUGUGUAAAACUUAUGCAGCGCCUUUACAUUCUGUAAAUAUUGCAUUCCGUUGCUGUGAUAAACAAACGAGUUUGUUACUUAUCAGUUGCUUGUAAGUAUUUUUACGUAUAAUACAUUUUCAAUA